UGGGUCCAGCUGAUUAAAGUAAAUAAAUAACUUACGCAGCCGGCGUUUUGUAAUGUUGAGUCCCAACAAUUGAAAUAUAUAAAUUACCGAUAACCGCGACGUCUAAAAAUGUUGACCACAAUUGUGAGUAGAGUUCUGCGAAGGAGUUUGGCCAGCACAACACUUGUCUGCCGCAGUAGCGGCACCUCCACACAAAGCCCGCCCAACGAACUCGACAAUGUGGUCCAUUUGCCAACUUACACCGAGGACCAACGCCACAGGAUACUUCAGAUCAUCAAUGAACGGAGUUUGGAUGAGCUUUCAAGUUUUGAUAUAACCAAGACACGUGCCAAAAAAUUGGAUAAUUGGAAAUUAAAAAAUGGUCCCCUCAAAGAGUUAAAUGACAUACUUUAUGUCGAAGGAUUUGGACUCAAGGUGGUGCAGAAGUUCUACAAAAGUCUACUCGACACCGAUCUAAAUACAACCAAGGCGCACCUGAAAACGACAAGAGCCCGCUCUAUUCCCUUUUGCACACCCGUCAUGGAUGAGGAUCAACGUAAGCGGAUCAAGUCUAGCGUGGCUGUACGCAUUGGUGUGACAACUGUCAGUUGGUCCCGCUUGGAAUUGGAUCCCAAGUUUCCUGGUCCACAAAUAACCCAUUGGCAGCAUCAUGAACUCAAUGACAAGAAACUCCAUUUGGCCGAAUUGUCGAGACGCUGUCUUUAUGUCAUUCAUCAGAUACCCGAGGCUGAUUGUUAUAUUCUGGAAAAUCCUCAAAUGGCUCAAAUCAAUAGUAAUCCGGGUUCGAUUGACCAGCAAAAUGUGAAUAUACAAAAAGCCCAGAUAACGUCCAUAAUAAGCUAUGCUCUGAUAGCUAGAGCAGAACCCAGUAGUUCAAACAAAACGAAGCAUAAUCUCUACUUUUUGCGUCGUUUUCUUGCGUCGCGCCUUUUCCAUCACUUGGUCGGCACUGAGCGAGUCUCCACCGAGGACACUAUGCUGGCCAUGAUGGGUCAUCAGCAACGGCCAGAUGAAGAUUAUGUCCACUUCCCGUCAGAAUUGUGUAGCAUGUACCAUCAAAUGGAACGAUAUCAGCGGGAACUCCUAGGCCAGUCAUUCUUAUUGAAUUUGGCCUUUGUCCGUUUAGUUUUGCUUCAAGAUCCAACAAGUUUAGCCACAGUAUCAAGAUCGAAAAAGAACCCAACAAAUGUAGAGGAUGUUCAGGAUACUCAAAGUGUGUAAUAAUGUUUGUAAUUUCAAGCUUUGUUGAAUUAUUGAAAUUAAUAAAUUGUUGUUAUAGAAACCUA